AUGGCAUCACAAUUCUACCAGAGUCUCACCGCAGAGAAGGUGACUGACGACAUGCUGGCCGAAGCUGCGCAUCUUUUCGACGAAAAUUAUGGAAUUUGGGGGCCGCAGUCCCAUAAUCCGGGUAAUCCCGUUAAGCUGAGUGUGCGAAGAUUGCGAGAACAAUACCUUCUCCCACGCACCGACCAGAGCGAGAGUCUUUAUAUCCGAGUGACCGUUGAUGGCGGUCUUGUUGGAAAUGCAUUUGCUUGUCGCUGGAUGUGCAAGAGUCAGACUGUUUGUUGGAUCACUCAAUUAGUGGUCGACCAGCAUCACCGCGGAAAAGGACUUGCAAGUGGUCUUCUGCGAACACUCAGGCAAGAUUCUGAUGACAUGUACGGCAUUAUGAGCUCACACCCAGCUGCAUGCCUGGCUGCCGCCAAAGCUUUCGGGAAAAACAUCGAAAAAGUGGAUCUUGACUUCAUUAGCAAGAAUGCCAGUGAAGUCAUGUCGAAUUCACCAAUCCCUUAUAUCCGUGAUGCUGAGCUUUGUGGAACUAUAUUCGGUGCCGAUGAUUCAAAUGGGAUUGUUUCCGGCGUGAACACUAAUUUCUUUGUGGACCACACCGAGCCAUUAGAGGCGUUGGCCAUAGUUGAGGGUGAAUGGCAGUGGCCACUGGGUAAGCUGCCAGAUGGUCAUGAAUAUCUUCUCAUAUUACCAGCAAAACCGCGGCGUUCACGGUCGAGGUCGGCUGACGUUCAUCGCUAA